AUGUACACCCACACAAACACUACCCGCACACAUAUGUCACUAUCCUACAAUUUUCCCAUUGUAUCAGUGAAGAACGUAUCCUUCACAACAUCACCAACGCAAUUGUUCAGCACAUUUUCACAGUAUGGCCGCAUUUAUCAAAUACGACACAACCCCAAGGAAAAAGGUCAGUAUUUUGUCAUUUAUUAUGAUUUACCACUGGCUCAGUCAGCUGCUAAGGAAUUGAAUGGCGUCAAUCUUGACGGCAGGUAUUUGGUUACUUCUAUAUACGGGGUGGACAAGUCGAGGAUUCAGUAA